AUGCCCAAGAAUAAGGGAAAGGGAGGUAAAAACAGAAGAAGGGGGAAGAAUGAGAACGACUUUAUGAAAAGAGAGCUUGACACGAAGGAUGUUGGACAAGAAUAUGGUCAAGUUUCUAAAAUGCUUGGUAAUGGUCGCGUAUUGGCCUUCUGUUUUGAUGGUAAGCAGAGAGUGUGCCAUAUUCGAGGGAAGCUGAGAAAGAAGGUUUGGAUCAACACUGGUGACAUUAUUCUUGUUGGACUGAGGGACUAUCAGGAUGAUAAGGGCGAUGUUAUUCUCAAGUAUACACCAGAUGAGGCUCGACGUCUGAAGGAGAAGAAUGAGCUGCCAGAACACGCGAAGAUUAAUGAGAAUGAUGAACAAGAGGAGGGAGAGAUUGAAUUCAGAGAUCUUGGGGCAGAAUCUGGAGAUGACGAAGGAGAGGAGGAAGACAACAAUAUGCCUUCAAGUGGGAGCGAUGAAAGUGAAGAAGAGAGUGAAGACGAGGAUGAAGACGGAACUGAGAGUAAGUUAUUAAUGCUAGUA